AUGGUCUUCCGUCGUUCCCACCGUAAGUCCCGUCACGGGUGCAGCAACUGUAAGCGGCGACGAGUCAAGCAUCAUAUCAACUUACAAGCGCAGUGCGAUGAAGGUCGACCAACAUGCGCCAACUGCGAUCAAAGACAUGAUGCAUGCAUUUAUACUGCUCCAGGGCCAUACACAUUUGCAGAAGACACAGAAAGGCCUCCCCGAAGGUCGCGCAGUCAAAGGCCAUCAGAGCCGGAAUCAGCCGGCUCCGAUAUCUCCAGUGUCCAGAACCAUUUGGAUAUCGUGACUAGCACUGGUAGCUCGACUUCACCAUCACUAGACAUGAAGCAACUAGAGCUAGUGUUACAGUGGAUCAAACACACACAUCGACUUUUCGCCCGCAACGAGGAAACGAGAAAGGUCUGGGAAAUGCCCGUUCUGCAAGAAGCGCUCCAAGCCCCAUUCCUAAUGCACGGGAUUCUCGCUAUCUCUGCGCUCCAUCUUUCAGAGAUUUCACAUUUAAAUGCCGACGAUAGUUACUCUGAAUGGGUGAAUACCGCGAUCGCCCACAAGAAUACCGCCUUAUCCAUGUUCUCAGAGCAGCUGCCUAAUAUCAGUCAAGCCAACGUGAAACCCAUGAUGAGCUUUGCAGGUCUGGCGGUCGUGUUUAGCUUUGCAACUACGCAAAAUCUUGGACCGUCCCAGCGAGAGGGACCUAGUUUGGAUGCCUUGAUAGAUAUUUUCACGUUAUCGCGUGGCGUCCAGCAGGUUGUCAAUGCGGAAAAGGAUUUUCUAUUUGCAAGCAAUUUCGGCCCCCUCUUUGACAUCAAAGCUCCAGAUACACAAAUCCCGACGGAAUUUCAGAAUGCAUUUGAGCGGUUAGAGGAAUUGAACCUAGACUAUUAUCGCCGGUCACCCGGUCACGACAUGGUCCCUUAUCAAAGGGCUAUUACCUUUAUGCAGCAGCUUGCGCCUUUUGCUUUUGCUGAGCCAAAUUCUCUGACUUUAGCUGCUGGGUGGGCGAUUCGGGCCCCAGGUGAUUUGAUGGACGACUUGAGAAAUAGCCAUCCGCUAGCGUUGGUGCUGUUGGCUCAUUAUUGCGUAUUUUUACACCUGGCGCGGGAUAAUUGGUGUGUGGGUUCGUGGGGGUCUAUUGUUUUGCAUGAGAUAUCGCAGAUUUUGGCUCCAGAAUGGGAUGCUCAUAUUGAAUGGGCUUUGGAGCAGGUCUAA